CACCCCCAAACGGAAAAGAGCAUUGAAGUAGGGUUUAUAAGCAUUAGGGUUAAGCUCUAUUAUCCUUCCCCUCCGUUGUGGUGUAGACUGUCGAGCAGUGAAUACCAGUUGCUCCUAUAGCCGGCGCUCAACAACAUGGCGGACAAGGCAGUCACCAUCCGAACCAGAAAGUUCAUGACGAACAGGCUUCUCUCCAGAAAGCAAUUCAUCGUUGAUGUCCUUCAUCCAGGGAGGGCUAAUGUUUCCAAGGCUGAACUGAAGGAGAAAUUGGGCAGAAUGUAUGACGUGAAAGACACUAACACUGUAUUUGUCUUCAAGUUUCGAACUCAUUUUGGUGGUGGCAAGUCCACUGGGUUUGGUUUGAUCUAUGAUUCAGUUGAGAAUGCCAAGAAGUACGAGCCCAAGUACAGGCUUAUCAGGAAUGGACUUGAUACUAAAGUAGAGAAAUCAAGGAAGCAAAUGAAGGAGAGAAAGAAUAGAGCUAAGAAGAUUCGUGGAGUUAAGAAGACAAAGGCUUCCGAUGCUGCCAAGGCUGGAAAAAAGAAAUGAGUUUUCAAACAUCCUGUCUUGAUUUUAAGGUUCUUUUGCUAUUGGUAUUUUCUAAUGGUUAUUUUACUUUCUAUUAGCUUCCUAGAAUGAGAUAUUUUGCUGUAAGUGUUACAUUAAUUGAUGUUCAGUAGUUAUAUAACUUGAGAUCUAGUACUGGCACGAUCAAUUUUGAGAAUUCAGUUGAAUGCUUUGUUUUCAAAUAUUUACUAUUGUGAUAAUGAAUUCCAGUGUUGCUUGAUUUGGUAUG